UUGUCAACUUAGUGGUCGAAUACAUUCGAAACUUGUUUCCUGAGUAUUUUCCUUGUAUUUUCUCACUAAACCAUAAGUUAAAAAAUAUUUUAUUUUUUAAUUACAAUAUGAGCUAGUUUCUAAAAACGUCAGUUGUUGAAAAACUUUAUUAAGUGCCUGAAUUGAGUACAAAUCUAGAACUUAUUUUGCUAAGAUGGCUCCCUCUAGUAGUUGAUCUGUCACUUAUACGUGUGUCGUCCAUGUUCCGAAUGUGGUGUGACUUAUUUUUGUUUUGUGUUAAUUUUCAAUAUAAUAUUAUAAAUGUGAAAUGCAACAGUAUGUGUCAUCCCAUAUAGUGGAACCUUGCUCCGGCUGAAUGGAUCCCGCCGUCGCGUGGUAUCAGCCCGAGCAGGAAGGACCCGCGAAGCGCCUGUGGCUUCGUAUCUGGGAAACCCAAAGUGAUAUAGACAAAAUGAACUUAAAAAACUUAGAAAACGCUAAUCCAAAUGUGAACAAAGCACCAGACUUUAUACCAAUAAAUGAUGUGAACGGUGAAAGUAGAAAUAACAAUUAUUUUAACCCCGCGCGGAGGAAAAUGAACGAUAACCGCGCAUCGACGUUUAACCUGAACAAAAACCACGAUGCUCUCAUAGGCGAAUACGGAGGCUGCCCGUGGCGAAUACCUAACUAUAAUUACAAGCCGGGGAUUUUGGGACUGCACGAGGAGAUAGAGCACUUCUACCUGUACAUGUCGCCUACGGAGACGGAGCACUUGGUGCGCUCGACGGUAGUCAACCGCAUCCGCGGCGCGAUCCUGGCGCUGUGGCCGCAGGCGCGCGUCGAGGUGUUCGGCUCUUUCCGCACCGGCCUCUACCUGCCCACCAGUGAUAUCGACCUCGUUGUUAUUGGUCAAUGGGAGAAGUUGCCGCUGUGGACGCUGGAGCGCGAACUGGUCGUGCAGGACAUCGCCGAGAAGGAGAGCAUCAAGGUGCUGGAGAAGGCCACCGUGCCCAUCGUCAAGAUGACCGACAAGUAUUCCGACGUCAAGGUGGAUAUAUCUUUCAACAUGAGCAGUGGCGUGAAGAGUGCCGAACUUAUCAAACAGUUUAAGGAGAAGUAUCCGGUGCUGUCGCGACUGGUGAUGGUUCUGAAGCAGUUCCUGCUGCAGCGUGACCUCAACGAAGUGUUCACGGGAGGGAUCUCGUCGUACUCGCUCAUCCUCAUGUGCAUCAGCUUCCUACAGCUGCACCCGCGGCCCGAGCGCCUGCGACAGCCGCACAACCUCGGCGUGCUGCUUAUAGAGUUCUUCGAGCUUUACGGACGCAAAUUUAAUUACGUUAAGACCGCCAUCCGCGUCAAAAACGGAGGCUCCUAUGUCUCCAAAGACGAGAUACAAAAGGAGAUGAAUGAUGGUCAUCGUCCGUCGUUAUUGUGCAUCGAGGAUCCGCUGACGCCUGGCAACGAUAUUGGACGCUCCAGUUAUGGAGCGAUACAAGUCAAACAGGCGUUCGACUACGGCUACAUAAUAGUGCAGCAGGCGGUGGGGUCCCCGUCGGCGCUGCUGGCGCGGCACAGCGUGCUGGGCCGCAUCGUGCGCGUGACGGACCACGUGCUGCUGUACCGGCGCUGGGUGCGCGACACGUUCGAGGCGUACUUCUUCCCGGCGCGGCGCGCGGCGCGCUCGUCCCGCGAGCCCUCGCCCAGCUCCGACAGCGAGCGCUCGUGGUCGCCGCCGCGCGAGCCCGAGCGCGCCGCCUCGCCGCCGCUGUCCGCGCUGCAGUGCUCGUCGCCCACGCCGCGCCGCGUGUCCGCGCACCAGAGCCUCAUCAUCCACCACAUCACCAGCAACUCCGACUUCAACAACAUCCCGUCGGGCGUGAUCCAGCGCUACGGCGGCGGCGACGCGGCGCCCAAGCGCGGGCCGCGCUCGUUCUCGUCCAAGCAGCGGCGCCUGGCGUCGCCCCCCGCGGCCCGCGCGCGCGCGCCGCCGCCCGAGCGCCAGCGCCGCCGCCGCGGGGCCGCGCACGCGCCGCAGCGAUGA